GACGAUGAUCGAAACGAAUUCUUUCAUGUUGGUUUUCAAUCCCCUGCCUCUGGCACAACAUCUCCCCCCGGCAUCACACCAUCUCCCCACUCCAAGCCAGAAGUGUCACCGGGCCCGCAUCAAAUAUCAAAGGAAAAAAUCACCAUCACUGAGAAAAAUAGGCUUGAUCAUACAGAUGAUCCUAUUAUGGUAAGAGCAUAGAGAUUAUAAAUAACACUAGAGGAGGCAUUGUAAUCUUAAUUCAGUAAAAAAAGGGAACGCGACCAUUGGGGGGCAAAUUCAAGUCCCGGGUGUGUAUUCGUGUCCCAUUAGCCAUUCCGAAGUUGAUGAGUGGACUGGGGACGAGUGUUAAUAAGUGCCCAAAUUAAGAAAUGAACCAAAUCACUAAAAAGACCUCCUCAGAAUUAGCAAGUAUACAAAGUUUGAAGACGUUUACAUGGAUAUCCUUCGAAUAAUAAGCUUUCGAAAAUCGUGAUAUUUACUAUGAAAUGUAUUGUAUUUUUUGUUUUUGAGACGUGCGUCCCAAACACAAUCUUUUAAUCAGUAAUUUCACAAUUUUCGAAAGCUUAUUAUUCGAAGGGUAUUCAUGUAAACGUCUUCAAACUUUGUAUACUUACUAAUUUUGAGAUGGUCUUUUAGUGAUUUGGUUCAUUUCUUAAUUUGGGCACUUUUUAGCAUUAGUCCCCUGUCCUCUCAUCAACUUCCGAAUGGCUAAUUGGUGACGAGUUUCAAAUCAGCCAAUGAGAGCACGAUUUUAUAUCCGGGACUUGAAUUUGCCCCCCAUUAGCUGCGUUCCCAAUUUUUAAACUCGAUGCCUCCUCUAGUGUUAUUUAUAAUCUCUAUGGGUAAGAGAUUCUUUUGUGCAGAGUGACGCCAUAUUUAAAGUGUGAAGCAUUGUGGUCUGAUUGCAGAAAGUUAGUUAAUAUUUUUAGUUAGUUAAAGCAUUUAUUUAUUCACGAUAAUAAAGUACAGCAUUGCUGAUGUGGUCGUGACUAAGUUAGUAUAGACUAUUUACAAUUUGAAGACCUAAUUUGAUCUAAAUUACUAAAAGCUAAAUAUAAUAAGUCAAAUCGAUCGAUCUUUAAACUAGCCAUAAUUUAAAGUUCGUACAAGAUUCUUAAAAAUUCUAAAGUUCGUUUUCCCCCUCGAUCGUGUCAUUAUUUAAAGAGUUCCAUAAUUUUUCUCCUUGAAAAGCCAAUGAAAUCUUUAAAUAAUCAGUACAUGGUUUAGGCAGCAAAACUGUCAUUUUUCUGCACAGAUUGUAUUGACUGACAUAUUUAGUGAGCAGCGCCUGGAGCGAUUCCGGAUGAUAUCCAUUAUAACACUUGAAAACAAAGACCAACAAUCUUUGAGAAUUCAUACACAUCGUUACGUUGGUUUGUUUGCAAAUUACAAUUUUUUUUUGAAAUUUUGUGUUUGAGACCAAUGCAUAGAUAUCUUAUUGAUACACUAGAUAGAGCAUCUCUUUUAGUAAAAUUGAAGCCAAGAAUAUUCCAGCGGUUAACCCCCAUUUGAAUAGAUGGCGGCCAUGUUGGAGAUUCCCACGAGUUCGCUAAUAAACUCUUAAAAAACAACAAUAACUUUCAUCAUUGAAUAGUUUGAAAAUGUGUUUGGAAUAGGUUUAACUUAAUGUUUAAGUUCCCUGUUUAAGAAAUCGAAAACAUACGAGUCUUCUCAUUUCAUGGGAAUAUCCUGAGUCUGCAAUCACGGCUUCAAUUUUUGAAUUGUAGACUAAUUAGAUGCACUAUCUAGUGUAUAUAAGAUAUCUAUGGACCAAUGAUUUAAGCUACUUUUCCAGGGGCCGAAUCAAUGUGACUGGAGGGGCAAAUCCGAUUCUUCGGGGUGGGGGAUUGUCAGAACUGAGAAUGAAAACGCUACGAUAUAUACGUAUAGAUAUAUGGUUGAAGUGGAAAACAUGCUUUACUAUUUUGCACAGAUCAAGAUCCACGGUUACAGAUUGAAAGUUUUGCAAUACAAUUAAAUAUAUUUGGUGCUUUCCACAAACCAAAGCAAAUAACAUGCUGUAACGUAGGGUCGGUAUUACACAAUAUGAAUAGGCUUUGUGAUUGGUUCAACAUUACAAUAGAAGACAAUAAACUAUAGAAAUCAUAAUAAGCUUUCAUUGGUAGGGAUGGAACUAUCUGAAUUUCGACGGUUUGAGUGAAGGCCCUUCGUCUGAAGUUAUAUGUAGAAAUCGUAGUUCUGAAGAACGAAUCUUAAACUUUUGUUUCAGAAAACCAAUCACAAAACCUGUUCAUACAUUGGCGUAUGGGCCUAGUCUUGUUUGGGGGGGGGGGCAAUAUAGUUUGCCCGAACAGGCACUGAAACUGAACAUUACUAUUUUCCCCAAAAUUGGCGAACGGGGGUGGGGUCACCAAAACAUUUUUUCCGGACACAUCAAAAAAAUUUUUCCGGACAUACCAAAUACUUUUCUACAAACAUUCCAAAAUUUUUCCUGACGGCACAUAAUUUUCGCAGAGAUACAAAAAUUUUUUCAGGACAUAUCAAAAUUUUCCCGAAAUUUGUAUGUUUUGCCCGAAUUUCGCAUUGAUUUUUGCCCGACCGCAAAAUGUUUAGCACGUGCCCCCCCCCCCCCGGCCCAGACGCCUAUGUGUUCAUAUUAGGUACGUACUUACCGUUAACGUGCUGAUUUGUCUGCGUUUUGCUCGAUCGUGAAUUAUUAAUAUGCAUGAGAACUAUAUAUAAAAUCUGGACGAACUUUGUGUGUAGGUUCCUGGGGAUGAUAUAAUUUCACCAACUUUACCAUCGGACGAUGAUGAUAUUAUUGACGACCACGACAGGUGAAAUUUCAUGUUCUGUAUUUAUUAGAAUGUUCCAUUGUAAUCCCAGACCUCGAAUUUAGGAAAAGGCAAGGCAAGUUUGGCCUUGAAUGUUAUGUUUUUAAGGGCAUCGACCAUAGGCGUACGAGGGGGGUGUGGGGGGGGGGGUGGAGUCCUCCAAUAUUUUUUGUCUGGAUCUAGGUACUUAAGGUCAGGCACAUUGCAUCAUCCUUACCCCUCCCCCCCCCCCCACGUCGACAGGCACUUUGGGAAAUAUAACAACGAUUAUAAAUUUCCUCCCAUACUCAGCGUGCUACAUACUUAGCACACACUGAAAAUUAUAGUCAGUGAUAAACAGUGUAAAUUAGUAACAACGAAGUGUUCACAAACUCAGUAGCAGAAAAAAAUUCAACAGUUGUGGAAUUAAUGCUAAAUGUAUGUCGAACAACAGUAGUACUACUGUAUAUUGCGAAUGUCAUAUUGCCGUACCUAUUUCGUCUCUAUUUAAGCAUAUUCUUGAGUUCAUUGGCGAAUCGUCAUUAACUGUGAAAAAACACGUUCGACUUGCAGCAUGGUAAAUUGUAUGCUUUCACAGUAUUUUAUGGCCAAAAACUUCAAUUAGACAUUGAAGUAUCUUAAGAUUAUUUCGAAAGGGUUCAAUUCGAAUGAGAACACCUUUUAAUGUUCCGAUAUGAACGAUCCCAUGUGACCGGCGUACGUGGCCGCCGCUAAAUUCGAGGCCUGCAGUCUCUACGCACACCCUUUUGACUUGUCGAUGCCUUGCACAUGGACUUUCGUUCUUGACUGCUCCUGCCAUAGGCAAUCAAGUAAUCGUUAAUGUGGAGUCUCAAACAGAGGCGAGAGAUUAUAUUCCGCAAUGAUAUUGUCACUACUAUACAGUAGCUUACAAAGCUGAGUUAUAUCAUUAUAUUAUUCAUCAUUCGUUUCUGUUUGAUUUUUCCGCUUUUGUUGUGUGUUGUGUGUUGUGUGUUGUUUGUUGUACUGUCAUAUACUGUACAAUCUGUCCAUAUUUUCUAUAUUGUUGUGCGUGAGAUGCCUUGCAUGUCCCCGUUCGCAUUUUUCCCUUUUGGGACAUUUGUCUGAAUUUUUCUUAUAUUGUGGUUCUUGUUAAAGUACCUUAAAGUACCUCUUGUGGCCGUUUCCUCUGGCUUGCACAUAUAUACCUUCAUAAUAUUUUUGACUUUUUGUUUGCAGACCUGUUCAACCUCCAGACGAUGUGGGGGAGGAAGUCCAGAUUGUAGAUCCAGGCACGGGACGACUUAUCACAGCUCCAGGCAA